AUGAACGUCCGUUCACUAAACAUCCAGUUCUCUGGCCUGGCUCGAAGUGCCUACUUUUUCGACUCGUCUUCCCUCUUUGAACAUGCCCAGCCUUGUCUCCCAUGUGACAAGUUCAGUUACAGUUGCGACCUAAUCGACAAACGGAUACCUAUCCUCUCAACAAACUCCAAAGAACCCCGCAUCCUCCCCGCCGGUCAAUACACCUUCCCAUUCUCCAUGCCGCUCCCCGAGUCCCUCCCCUCCGUCCUAACAACCGACUCUGUCAACAUCAACUACCAACUCACCGCGAGCCUCCAACCAGUCUCCUUCCUCCCCUUUGCUCAACCCUACCAAACCACCAAGCCUGUUAUUCUUCUGAGAGUAAAUGAUGUUCCUGAGGAUAGCUUUUAUCGUUCGAGGCAAGUCCAGUUUGCAUCGAAGCGGACGGAUCGUAUGCAGGGCGAGGUGCGGGUCCCCCAUAGGGUGCUGCCCAGUAGUGGGACUGUUUCUUUGAACCUGCAUCUGAACCUUCGUGGGAACUUGACGAGUGUUUCCAAGGUGGCGAUCGAACUCUGGGAGAGGGCUUUUCGACUGCAGGAUCAGCCAGCAGGAACCGACGGCAGCAAUAGUCCAACAACUUCGAGAGUACAGGUGAAUGAGCGACGAGUGAGUUGUCAGAGCUGCCAAAUCUCGGACUGGCCAAGCUGUUCGUCUACAGGAGAGACCAUCGAGGUCUCGAAAACGCUAUUGUUCAAGGUGCCCCAGAUGCCCCUCGAUGUCUGGGCUGACGAACCCGAUCGUAUAGUUCCCACCGACCGUCGAUCUUCCCUGCCCAAGGGAUACUGUAACAUCUCGGGCGUGUAUUCGUUAGUCGGCCUGGAGAUUCAGCACUUGUUGCGAGUGGUGGUGUUCGUUGAAGGACAGUUAGUGAGCGAGUCGUCGACGAAGGCGACUUUUCCUGUAGACGAUACUGCACAUGGCGAGGCACGAGUUCAUAUUCUGGGAUUGCAGGAACAACAGCCACAAGGUGAGGAUGAAACAGAGUUGCCGAGCUAUCAUCGCUCGUUUACGACAAUGGUGGUGAAUGGGGCUCGAUUGGCUGAGAUGGAUCGCAGGUCGUUUGAGGCGCUACAGGAUUUCGAGAUGCUCAUGACUCGUUCGCCGUCGUUGGAUACCGCAGCUUCAAGGGCGACAAUGGCCGCAGUUUCAGCAACAGAUUCAGAGCAAGCAGGCAAUGAGACAGUGGCGGUGGCGGUGCACCCGCCAUGCUACGAGGAGAGCAUCCGGUCGUCGUUCACGUCGUCGAGGGAAGUUGUGUCUGCAGAGUGGACGCGGGGGGCAAGUCUUGACCAGCGGAGUCUUCAUGACAGUCUGUGGGAGAGCAACAGUGGUCGCCCAAGUACCAGUACUGAUACCUAUGCCCGGGACCUAGCUAGUUACACUGAGCGAUACUCUCAUGCUACGCCUCUUUCUAGCGAGUCGUCAGUCGACCAGCGUUGA